AUGGAGGACGCCCGCGUCCGCCUCGUGCCGGACGAGGAGGACCCGCGCAGCAGCCUCGUCGUGCCCGUCGUGCUGCUGUACCCGACCGACCUCCAGUCGGACCUUGUCAAGGCCUUUGGCGAGGCCGACGUCCUGGCCGACCACCUGCGCUACAUCUUCCCGCUGCCCUGGGACCGCGCCGCCGCCUACACCCUCGACGCCACCGAGUGCUACGUCGAGACGGUCGACGGCGGCCUCAUGAGGUGGGGCAAGAAGAUGCCGCUGCUCAAGGUCCUGGCCUCCGGCAGCGUCGAGAUUGUCGAUGACGUCUUCAAGGUCUUUGUCGUGCCCAAGGCCAAGGCCGCCGCCUGGGUGGACGACUUUAAGAUGAAGAAGGCGGCCGAGAAGAAGCAACUUGUUGUUGGUGUUGGGAAAUAA